AUGUCAAGACUGUCCAGUAGCCUCAAAGCAUUAAUCAAUGCACCGGCUGCCAGGCCACAUACCGUGCCUGCGCCCGCCAACAUUGCCUCCGUCUACUCCAAGAUCCAGCAAACUGCCCAGGCCCAGCAAGUUUCACAGCCAUCAUGGAUCGCGCUGUCGACCGCUGCCACCAUGACUAUGAACUCCCCCGAAUCUCUCGCCGUCCUCUAUCAGCUCGCUGCCUCCACUUCGAACACCGUUGAGACUGCCGAGCUCAUGCGCGAAGUGGGAUUGAAGUGUAUUAGCUUCAAUGGAAUUCCACGAACUAUCAACUGCUUAAAUGCGUUCCGGGCCAGUCUUCCAGAAGUUGUCGGCGAUCAGCUCUCGCGCAUCCCUACGCGAGCCCCAACACCAGCAAACAUCACUCAGAUUAGCGAGCGCGGCCGAGCAUUAUGGGACUCAAUCUACCGGCCCUUUGAAAAGAAGCUAUACAGUAAACUUGCUGACUCACACCCUGAUCUACCUGUCCAUAUCCUGCACAGUAACUACGGUGCCCUACUUUCCGACCCUACGCGGGAAACUGGUGCCUCGGCCGGUCGCGUGUUGACCUCUAUCGUGGCCGUAGCCUGUCUGCGCGCGCAGACGGGCGUCGGCCCUCAAGUUCUUUCCCAUGUAUUUGGACUCCGAAAGGCCUUGGAAGAUGGAAGUUGGGCCAGUGAUGUUGAAACCGAACAAGGCGCACGCUGGCUGGCCAGCGAUGAAGGCAAUACCUGGAUUCUGAGCAGCGUGGAUGCGAUCGUUGAGGCCAUUAGCCAGGGCACUGGCUCAAACUUUGCGCCCGGCAAGGCCAAGCUAUAA